UGCAGUCUACACUGCAGAGAGAGAGAGAGAGAGAGAGAAGCACACUCACAUUCAUUAAGUAAGGCAGCUCUUGUCACUAAUGUAAUAAUCUCCACCAGUACACAGGCAGACGCGCAUACACACAACACUAAGUGCAAAUCUAAAAUAGCAUCUUCGGCAGACACGAGCAGAAAUCAGCCUACAUCAAGGUUAUUCAUCAGUCAAACAGAAGGGCACUGUGCCAGACCUGCAGCUAACAGAUUCAUCCCUGAAGAGAGGAAAGCCAGCACACAGGAGGAUCUAAGGCUGCAGAUUCUCAUCUGCCAAGAAAAACAGCUUAUCUGCAAGGAACUGGAGGAGGCAGCCACAUUCCUGGAGCAGGUGGAGAGGCUGCAAUCCACUGUGAGGCAACUAACGAAAAAGGAGGCUACAGAGGUGAAUAUACCAUUGUGAAAGAACUAGACACGAAGAGGUGGAACCACUGGAUUUUUAAUCCAUUUUCACUGCAGAUGGGAAUGAGAAGUCAGUAGGGCAAGAAUAAGUAAACAUUGCAAAGGCCAGAAAUGGGUUUAUCCUAACACCAGCUGGGAGAUGUGUCUGAGGUUUAUGUUUAACCAAUGUUGUUCUAGCUACUGAAAAUUACUGUAAAGCAGUUACACCUCGCACCAGAAAUUGCUUGUUCUUCAAGUGAGGCCAGGAAAACCGCAGUGAAAGAAAGAGGCUAUUUUUGUGUGCUUUUCCUGAGCUCUGAUGUCUUUCCUCUACCAAAGACUAAAGAAAGUGCAUAACACUGGCUGCUCAUGGAUAACAGAGAGCAGAAUAUCUAACUGGAAUCUAAAAAAGCAGUCCUGGAAAGCCCUGGCAUGACACAAAUAUUGUCUGUCCUGCUGUGAAUAUUGUAUUAGCAUGUGCCAUUUAGAGAACCCUGAACCAUUUGGGCUACAGAGGUACUGAUCAUUUGUCCCAUAAAAAACUGAAAACAUCACUGCAGAAAAGAAGGAGGUCACUUUCUAAAAAUAACAAAAUUUCACUUCAAGAGAGUACCAUCUUUUUGCAGUGUUUGCAUUGAUUGCAUCUGGCUUGGAUCAGGCCUUCUUGAAGUUGUACUGGCUGAGAGUACCAUGAUUGCUGCUAUUCCCAGAUUAUGGGCUUGUAGUGACAACAAGAAAUACCUAUUCUUGGAAGUUUCAGAGGAUAAGACGGCAAAUCUACAGUACCAUGUACCUUCUCCACCUGUGAUCUCCAGGAAUACUUUGAGUGGGUUGUUUCCAGCUGUGUAAUAGGAUUGAGCAUCUGAGUUUUCUACAGUGAAGAAAAGAAUAUACUGGAUAAGACACCACUCUUUUACCCAGAGCUGUCCCCUUUGCAUAUGGACAAUAAAGAUUUCUAAAUACAAUUCAGUAUACAGGAAGAGACUCAGUUACAACAGAAAACCAACCACAUCAAACAUUUCCCAAUUGUGCCAUAGUCUAUUAAUGCAUGGCUUUAUUUAAGAAUAAAAAGACAGAAGGGAGUCAUUUGCCAUUAAGUACUGUACCUGAUUUUUACAAUACCAAUGGUCUACAAAUAUGAUCAUACAUUUUGAAAAGCCACAUUGAUGUUUGAAGGUGUGCAAAACACCUGUAUAAUGAACCACAGCACUCUGUCUCUAGGCAUAAGACAAAGGCAUAGAAAUAGACGGACUUGAGAAUCCUUAAAAGUAAAACAGGAUACCAGUGUUUUAUGAUUUAAGUCCAGUAAAUGUCCUGUCAAACAGUGACAACGAGCAGUUUCCUACUCCAAUUCUAGAACUCCUUAACUGACAGAGAGGGUGAAUGGUAAUAUUUUUGUAGUAUUGUUCAACAUUCUGUUCAGCUUUUGGUGGAAGGCAGUACCACACCUUAAAUGCAUCAAUAGCUAUAUUAUAGUGUCUUUCUUGCAUGUGAUUCACUGUACACAAUAAAGGAUGAAAUGCAUAUUUCUUUGAGUGUUUUCUGCACAUUGGUAAAGGAUAUCGAUCCUCCAGCUCACUGCUCCUAAUGUCUUGUCUGAAGCGGCAACAGGUCCUCAUUAAGAUGGAGGCAAUGAAAAUAAUUCAAUCAGAGAAGUUUUCAGAGUGCCAGAACUCCCAGCAACGCUAUGUGCCACCACCAAGACGAGAACCUCCUCUUGCUCCUAAACAGGUGUGGCCCUCAGAAUCAGAAAUUAUUGUCAAUCAAGCCUGUGGAGAUGUGCCAGUCAUGGAAGGAGCCCCAAACUCUCUUGCCCUACCACGGACCCCACCACUGCCCCAUCGUGAUAGGAUAUACCAGGGCCAACGAAAACCAAGCUCUGAAAUCUGCUGUCAUCACAAAACAACUUCUGAUGAAGUCAUUGUCAAUCAGUAUGUGCUACACCCAUCUACACCUUGUGAGCCCUUGGAGUGCCCCACCUGUGGACACACAUACAACUUUACUAGUAAACGACCUCGGAUUCUUUCUUGCUUGCACUCAGUGUGUGAAGAAUGUCUGCAGAUCCUGUACGAAUCAUGCCCCAAGUAUAAAUUCAUCUCUUGCCCUACCUGCAAAAGGGAGACUGUCCUCUUCACAGACUAUGGACUAGCAGCACUGGCUGUUAACACCAGCAUCCUGAACAGAUUACCGUCUGAGGCUCAUUCAUCCAAUGGAGUGCAAUGGAGUGGUGACCCAGACCGCAGCUGUUACCAGACUUUCAGGCAGUACUGUGGUGCUGCCUGCACUUGUCAGCUACGCAACCCUCUUUCUUCCUGUGCCAUCAUGUAACUUCAGAGCCACAUAUCCUACAUCAUGUGGAACACUAGUAAACUGUGUAUUGGUGCAAGGACUUUGUGAACUGAUUCAGCAGUCAACACACUGGAGAAUGCAAUGUGAAAGAAAACAGCCCUUAUGGACUAAUUACCAAGAAAUGUGAAAGAAGAAAAGCCCUCAUGGACUAGUUAAUAAAUGCAAUACCUCUUAAUUUUUCUGUGUUAGAUGCAGAAGUUUUCAUUUUACCCUUCAUAAGCUUUCAGUCCAUAUCAAUCUGCUAUUCAACUUUAAGAAAAAUAUCAUUUAUGUGCCACUUGGAAGUCUUUUGCUCAUUCUGGUCAGUAAGUCCACAGUAUUAUGAAUGUGACUAUUUUUUUUACUCAUAGCCUCUUUGUGCCUCUUGGCUAUCUUACCAAGGAAGAGGUACCUUUAGUUUAUUCUACAGAAGUUCUCUGUAACGAGGUAGGAGAGAGAUGGUGCUGGUACAUUUAUACUCUGUAGUUCAGGAGCUGAAAUUCAUAUUUAAUCCACAAUCAUACUUGCUAAGUGUUGUGAAUGUAAAAUAUUAUUUUAACAUAGUGGUCUCAGUAAUUUGCUGUGAUGUUGCAUCAUUUGCAGGCUGGUGCCCCCCACCCCAAAGCUCAUACAAGUUUAUGUGGUACAGGGUUAUGAAUUAUAAUGUGCCAAAUAUUUUGCUCUGCUGUGUGACACUCUGCGGGAUUCAGAGCUUGUCUCAUGGUUGCUAUAUUAUUGUCCCCAUUCUGGGUCAGAAACUUAUUUAUUUAUUUUUAUCGCAGUAGUGGUUUUCUCUUCAUAGUUCCCUCAUUGCAGACUUCAUUAUGAAAGUCAGGGUAAUGACAGAACUGCCAAAGGAUUAUAGCCAUUAGGAGAAACAGUAUUGUUCGGCACACAAGGCACAAUCAUUUUCCUCUUCUAAUGGCCUCCAAAUCUUAGUCACAAGAAAUUACAAUGAACCAACCCCUGCCAAAGAUGCACUGUGACUGACAAUACUCCAUUUUUGGUAUAAACAUUACAAGGUUGCACAUCAUCUAAACAAUGUUUGUCUGUGGUCAAUUAACAGUUAAGACCUGCAAGGUAAAUAACAUGUGAUUGUCAUCUGAACAUUCUAGAAUAUUUACUCAGUCAAACAAUAGGAUUUCAAAAAUCUAUUAGGCAAAACAUUUGUAAUUCAGUUCAAGUGUGUUCAGCUAUCCCUCUGCAGAUCUUACACUUUCUUAGAUCAUACUUUGAUGUCGACUAAAAUUUUGUCACCGCAAUGGAAACGAGACAGUGGACCUUUGAAAAGAAUCAAGAUACAGGCCGUCACAUCAAUGUCAGAGUUGCACAGAUGAGGUAUAGUAAAGUGUGACAGAGUAUAUUGUCUGUUUAUUCUGGACGUGUGAUGAGGCAAAAAGAGGAUUUACUUCUGCUAUACAACAUAUUAAACAGGUUUCAGAAAAUACCAUGAUGUAUUCUUGUGUCAAAACUGUUCAUUUAAAUCAUAAAAUAAACCAACCGUCAAUGAUGAGGUAAUAGCAA